AUGAACACAAUUUCUAAAUUUUCUAAUCAAAAUACCGUCACUCAUAAUAAUAAAGAUGAUAUCAACAAAAAAUUUGGUAAAGAAAAGAAAAAAUACAUAAACAUACUUUCUAGUAGAAAUCUCAACUCCAACAACAAAGAGAACGUUAUGGGAAUUUCAAAUUCAAAAGUAUCAAGGAAGGAAGAAAAUACUCUCAAGAAAGAUCCUAUUACGAAUAAAAAGAAAGAAAUAAGAACUGUUACUACUACUAUUACCACCACACCACCACCAAUAUCGGUAACACCCAUAACAACCUCUGCGCCUUCUACACCGUCUUCGUCGCCUGUGUCGUCUACAAUAUCAAGAGCAACUUCACCUCUUCCUCCUACACCAAAGGAGGAAAUUGAUAUCGUUUCUCUUCUUCCUACACCAAAGGAAAAUGCUGUUAUCGUUUCCCUUCCUCCUACACAAAAUGAAAAUGUUAAUAUUGAGGAGGAGGAACCUUUGUUAAAACCAAACCCUAGACCAGUAGCUUCAUUUUGGACAGUAGAAGAAGUUGAUCUAACAAAGGAUAAUGCCGAUUGGGAAAAUAAAUUAAAUGAUGAUGAAAAAUAUUUUAUUUCUCAUGUAUUAGCCUUUUUUGCGGCAUCCGAUGGUAUCGUGAAUGAAAAUUUGGUGGAACGUUUUAGUAGUGAAGUACAAAUUCCCGAAGCGAGAUGUUUCUACGGUUUUCAAAUUAUGAUGGAAAACAUUCAUUCGGAAAUGUAUUCUCUCUUGAUUGAUUCUUAUAUUAAGGAUCCGAAAGAAAGAGAUUAUUUGUUUGAUGCUGUUGAGACGACGGAAUGGGCACUUCGAUGGAUUGAAGAUAAACAAUCAUCAUUUGCUGAACGUCUUGUGGCAUUUGCGGCGGUAGAGGGAAUUUUCUUUUCUGGAUCAUUUGCAUCAAUAUUUUGGCUUAAAAAGCGAGGGUUAAUGCCAGGAUUAACAUUUUCCAAUGAAUUAAUUUCUCGGGAUGAAGGAUUACAUUGUGAUUUUGCAUGUUUACUCUUUUCACAUUUACGUACUCAACCAUCAAAGGAAAAGGUGAGAACUAUUAUUAUAGAAGCGGUUAUUAUUGAACAAGAAUUUCUUACAGAAUCGUUACCGGUAAAUCUUAUUGGAAUGAAUGCGAAAUUGAUGAAACAAUAUAUUGAAUUUGUGGCGGAUCGAUUGUUGGUUGCAUUAAAUUGUGAUAAAUAUUAUAAAUCCGAGAAUCCAUUUGAUUUUAUGGAUUUAAUUUCUUUACAAGGUAAAACCAAUUUUUUCGAAAAACGCGUCUCGGAUUAUCAAAAAGCCGGAGUCAUGAGUAAAUCAAAAUCCAUGUGUAGUAACAAUGAUCCUAUGGCGAAUAUUUUUACACUUGAUGCCGAUUUUUAG